CAGAUAUUUCCUUCGGCUACAUACUACUAACUUAGUUUAGCUACUACUACACACGGUGGCGGGUCUUUAGCCUAACGCUUCACUUCAACGCUAUAACAAUUAGUACAAAAAAUACAAAGUCGGGCUUGAAUAUUGGUCGUUUAGAGUAGAAUAACAUGUAACAUGGCGAACAUAAGGAGCAACAAAGCAAAAGCACCCAAAGGUGCUUCCACUAAGAAACCACUUAAAAUAAAUAAACCAUCAAAAUGUGUGACCUCUGAUAGUAAUAAUGAUAUAUCAAAGCAGGUAAUAUUGACAAGAAGUGGACGCAUCAGAAAGAAGACAGAUGAGCGGCUUAAAGUUCUUGAACCAAUCCUAAAAACUGAAUUGCUGAUUAAGAGGAAGAGAAAAAUGAAUGAUAACAUAGUCUCUAAUGGUGAGAAGAAAAUAAAAAACAACAAUAAUGACUCUGCUGUUAGUGACCAAAAUAUUGAGUUUGAAACAGUUGAUAUUAAUAGUAUUGAAGUGAGCUACAAUGAAAACACGGACAUACAUAGUCAGGACCCACAACAUAUGAUAUCUGAUGUGACUGACAAGAGCACAACUGAAAAUGUCACUAAACCAAAAAAUAAGAAGCAAAGUGAUAACAAAAAGCCAAAAGAAAAUCUUACUAUGGAUAAAGAAGUGAGAAAAGAUGUAAUAAACCAAAUGAAAAACGCUUUAUCACCCGAGAAUGAUGAAGAGGAAAUCCCAGAAACUAAUCCAAAGAAACAUCGUAAGAUAGCUAAGCAAGAUCGGGGAGUAGAAAAAGAUACUGAAUCAGAUGCGCCUGAGGAAUACAAAGUUCUUAAUAAACCUAAAAAACCAAGGAAAAAACAAGUGACUCUAAGCAAUGGCCUUGUACUCACAUUGUCAGUGUACAGUUGCCCCUUGUGUGACAAAAACUUUUCCACCAAAACUUCUUUGACUCGGCACAAGGCAACUAACCACCAAGUACAACCGAGUCAUAAUUGUGAACAUUGUAAAAAGAAAUUUCGAAAUAAAACCACUUUGAAACGCCACUUACUGAAAAUUCACUCUGAAUUGCGCACACAGCCCGAAUAUCACUUUUGUGGAAUAUGUGACAAAGUAUUUUUGAUGAAAGAAAACUUAGAACUACAUUUAGCGAGUCACGUGAAGUCGGAGAAAUAUAGAUGUAUUUAUUGUUUCAAGACAUUUUCAUAUCAAAUGCUAUUAGAUCAACAUGAAAAAUCUCAUCACUCUGAAGUCGGUAGUGUGUAUAAAUGUUUCCUGUGUGAAAUGGAAUUGGGUAAUCGAUACAAAUUACAAAUGCAUAUGAAGAUACAUACAAAAACAAAGGAAUAUAUUUGCCAUCAAUGUGGUAAAGGUUUUUUGAGAUUUAACUCAAUUAAAAGACAUGUAAUGGUGAGCCAUAGUGGUCAUAGAAUUCAAUGUCCCAUUUGCUAUAAGGAGUUAACUGGGCACUUGGCUGAACAUUUGAGGGUACAUGAAGAUAACCGUCCCUAUAAAUGUCCUGAAUGUGAGAUGGCCUUCAAACAGUCCACACAGCUGACUGUACAUAGACGAUGCCACUCAGGUGCCAGGCCAUAUACUUGCAGGAUCUGUGAGCGUCCAUUUAGUCAUUCUAAUGCACUCAUGCUUCAUAUACGGAGGCAUACUGGGGAAAAGCCAUUUGCCUGUGCCAUGUGUCCAAUGACAUUUUCUCAACUACCGCAUAUGAAGACUCAUAUGUAUAAAAUACAUGGGAAAGAUUCAACAUAUAAAUGUGAAAAGUGUAAGCAUUUUUUCAAGCGCAAGACACAGUUAGAGGAUCAUUCUAAGAUAUGUACUGUAGGGGACAAUGACCUUGCUUUCAAAGAGCAGGACCAAACUUCGGUACAAGGUGAAGAAAUAGAAGUUGAGUCAGUAAUGAGCAUCUCCCGCAUGAGGUAUCUACUAGCUCUGCUCCUCACGAUGAUUGCGUCGAAAACAAAACUCAAAUAUUUAGGUUUCAACAAGCGCCUCAUAGAUGAUCUUUUGGAGGAAUCUUUAACAGCAAUGGGUUAUACACCAUGUAAAGACAAAUCCUUGACUUCUUUUGUACGCCUCCGGAACAACAUCGAGAUGUUGCUUGACGGCACAGUACCAAAACAUCAGCUGACAAAGUUUAGGGGCGAGAAUAAAACUACAGAAGACAUGCUCUUCUUAUUGACUGACGAAAAGAAGGAUAAAGAGUAAGAAUAGUUUUUAAUCGAGUCAGCUAACCACGCGAAAGACAGUCCAGUGCCAUUAAUGUUCGGUCUUUCCAGCUCAGUAUUGCCGUUUAAACCCACAAACUCUGACAGAUAAUUAUUCAUAACAGUGAUAAGCAGGCAACACCGUCAUAUUUGACAGAUAAUCACUAAUUGCCAAGUUAAUAGUGCAAACGAGAAGCUACGGAAAGACCGGACAUCAACGCGGCUGUCUUUCUCUUAAGCGGUUAGUCGCUUUAGACGUUGAGUGUGACUUGCUGCUCUAAUUUUGGGUUUUGACAGUAAUUUACAUGUUGUCAAUAGGAAGAAUUAGUACUUUACGAUUCUGCAAUACUGCAAAGGUCAAAUCCAUUAUCUCAACUUUUGUAAAAAAGUUUUUGAAGAAUUUUUUUAACGUUUAAUAUUUAUAUUAUGUGUGCGUAUUUAUUUUAUGAAGUAAGCAUUGCAAUAAUUGUAGUUUGACAAGCUAACACAACACUUGAAUAAGAAGAUUUAAAGAAAGUUACAUUCUUUAACAAUUUAACUAUUUUAAUGGUCUGCUAACAGACCUUUUUAUUGUCAGUGCGUUUGAUUGUAACAACAGCAAUGUCCAAAGUGUUGUUAUGAAUGUCAAUAUAAACAUCGAUGGAUUUCUAGAAUAGUAUCUCAUCU